AUGAGCGCAAAGCAAGAAGACCUCGGGUCUUCGCAACCUGACAUGACAUCAAAAACCUCCGCUUCCACUCUCCCCCCUCCGGAGAAGCCCAAUGCAAUCCAGACUCGGUUCAAGGUUGUGGCAGCCUUUUGGGCCGUGAUACUCUUUCUAGGCUUCCCAAUAUGGUGGAAAACGACUUCUAUUUACCGUGCUGAAUUGCCCAUCCAAGAGAUGCUGGACUGGGCUGGCGGAAAGAGCUGUCGUCCUGUAUUCCCACUCGAGAUCCGAAUCGACACACCGUCCCUGCCGGAUGUCGAAGCGCAGCAGCUUCUUCGCUUAACUCAACAUACCUUGGACGAUUUGAACGAAUUCUCCGCGCAUCAUCUACGCUUGAAACUGGCCAAUGAGGAGGCUCAACAGACAGCCGUGAGGGCUGAUACGGCGCUGACUGUCCGUCUGCAAGCACAGGAUGACCUACCGAGCCUUCGCUCGGAGCUUCACGCAGAAACGACCAUGCUUGAUAUAUUUUAUUCACCGAGUCAGAUCCCUCCGCCAUCUUCGUCCAACUCGCCUCUCGCGUCGUUCAUUGCCGCCGAAUUGCAGCGUUUGUUUGCAGAGGAGAAGGCGAUCAUGGCACACAUUCUGUCAAGUAAUGCAGUGGGCAACUCAGCUCCUUCGUCAAACAGCCAGGCGCAGCAAAUUUCUCCGCAACUGGCGGAGAGCAUUACGAAGCGGCUGAGACGGUCGAUGAAGUAUGCAGAGACGUAUCAUCUCGCAUUUUCCCUGUUUACUCCCGGGUCGGCUCCCUCCUCAUGGGACAUUGAAUCCGCUGUACAGGAAUACAUCUCUCCAGUCAUCCAGGAGCUGUCCCCAAUCAGCAACUUCACCGUCGACACCCAGGUCCAACUCUACGCAUCCUUCUCACCCACUACGCCUGCCCCUGAAUUCGACGAGACGUAUGGAGUCUGGACAUUGAAGGAAGAGAACCUCAGCGCCUUCAUCAAUGCCGCAGAAUGGCCUUUGAACCCAAGUAUCGGUAGUGGCCCAACAAUCAACUUCAUUCUCUACGUACCGGCCCCCUCCCAGUCGCCCCUCGUCGUCAAGGAAAGCAAAGCCACCAGCUGGAUUAUCCCGCAAUGGGGCGGCGUCUUCAUCCUCAACCCUCCCCUCCCUACAACUGAGGACUCAGACAAGUCCAACCUACUCCAUCUUCCCCGCGACGCCCUCCGCGCCCCCUUCCUCACCUUCUCCCACCAACUGCUUAGUCUCCUCGGCACCCCCUCAACACCGUCUUCUCUCCCAUUCCGCCUGCAAACCCUCAUCCGCAUUCGCGCCGCUACCCUCCUCCUCUCCGCUUCCUCGACAACGGGCUCCCUUGCCCGUCUGACAGAGUCCCUUCCAUCGAUCCCUAUCCCAGCGACAGUUGCGUCAUCCGUCGCAACGACACUCUCUCACCUCUCAUUUGCGUGCGAAAACCUACGGAACGGACAGUUCCAGGCUGCGCUAGCGAGUGCCCGUGUCGCAGAGACGGAGGCCGAGCGGAGCUUUUUUGAGAAGAGUAUGGUGGGCCAGAUGUACUUCCCUGAUGAGCAUAAGGUCGCUGUCUAUUUGCCGUUGUUGGGGCCCAUUGGGGUUCCGUUGAUACUGGGCUUGUUGAAGGAGGUUAAGAGAGUUGUUGCCGGGUGGAAAGCUAGGAGGCAGGGAUCUGCUUCAUGA